AUGGACUUCCAGCCCAGUGGUGUCGUUCAAACGUGCUGCCCAAAGGGGAGUACGAAAUGUGCCGGCUGUGCCUCCUACGCUGGCAGCUCCUGCACCAGCUGCAUGGGCGGCUUCAUCAAGCGCAGCAGCGUGUGCACCGCCUGCACGGACUCUGCCGGUUGGCUCAGCGAGGACGGGGUCUCCUGCUCACAGCUGCAGGCCUCGGAGUGCAGUGACGUGAAGGUGCGGGGCCAGUCCAGCAACGAGGCAUGCUGCCAGUGCGGUGGGGGAGUCGUGACGCCCACACCCUUCUCUUAUCCGAGCCUCCGGUGGUCCCUGGAUGCCGACAUCGAGCUGAGGCCCGAGCCCCGCACAGCGGACCGCUACACCGUUGACGCGCAGUGCGAGCUGGCGGCGCACAACCUGACCAUGGACAGCACCACGGGGAGGAUUUUCUACCUGCAAGGCCGGCAGAGGCCGACGGAAGCCUUUGUCUUGGAGUGCGAGGUUACGGCUCACCAGGCGGCGGGCAUAAGCAUGAUCGCUACGGUCACCGUUGCUGCCGACGUGCUGACUUAUGGUUCCUCCACGCUGCUCUUUCACACCGAUUCAUCAGAGGCGCCCAAGACGACAGGUUCCGGGUGGUCCAACUUCGAGCUGGGCUGCGCCCCAGAGGUCAGCUGGCUGGCCAUCAGCUCCCAGAACGGCCAUCUCCACUUCACGGGGCAAACUGCAGACAGCGGCGGCGUUUCCGUUGCGGAGGAGAGGUUCUAUGGCCAGGAUGGGGCAGUGUGCGCAGUGUCUGCGUGGAAGGCCAACAAGAGGUAUCAGACGACCUUUGUUGCCAUUCGACCUCGUCCUUGGUCCACCCUGGAGUACCACCUGAGCGGGGUUUCGACGAGCAUUGGCGAGGAGCUGCAUCCCCUUGUGCCGCAGAAGCCUGCGGAGCAGGGCCUCAUGAAGCCGUGGACCUACACCAUGGCGUGCGACGUCAGCGGCGCGGGCUCGGCGGCGACGUUCUCCUUUGAUCGCAUCUUGAGCAUGGGAUUUCUGGCAGGGCAUUCCGUUUUGGAGAUCGGUGCAGAAGGAGAGAUCACCGUGGCACCUUCCAGCUCUCUGAGCGCGCUCUUUGACACACUGGAUACCUCCGGCUCCUCCAGGAAGGCCAUCACCCUGGACUGCCGGGUGUUCGGCGUCUUCCCAGAUCCUUCGCUACCACCUGUGCACACGGCACUGUCCAUCGAAGUGCAAGACACCAUGUGCUGGGUGCCGCAGACCGUCAAGGCGGUGGCUGUGCCAGACAUCACCGCAACCUCUGAGGCACAGUGUCGCUCGCGAUGCCGGGCAGAUGCGACGUGCGCGAAUUAUCACUUCAACGGCCAAUGCAGGAGGUACGAUGUUCGUUCCGAUGGGCAGUCAGUGACUGUCAAUGCCAAAGUAACGAAUUGCACCAAUGACGGCACCUGCAUGAGCGUGACCCAUUCCCAUUGGUUCCUCUCCGGCAUCUACUGUCCGCUUGGCCGGUCGGUCGCGACGGGCCACAUCGUGUACUUGAGGGAGCACAUCACCUCACAGGACCGGAAGUAUCUUCGCCGCAAGCAACCUGGAGAUGGUUGCGAUGCUGGUGAGUGGGCUUUGCUCGCCACGUCGCCUGGUGACUACGUGAACAAGGCCUUGGGCAUCUACGAGCUUCGCGGCACGGUGCUCGCGUGCAUCGCGAGCUCUGCCAUGGACCGCGCCCUCAUGCAGUGCUCCACGAAGGCGCUGUCGUUCAUGGAAGAGCAGGAGGCGGACGAGGGAGGCUUGCCGUCUUUGGUCCUGGACGACCCAGGGACACUUGAGCCGGCGGACUUUUGGCUUCACCCAUGCGACUGUGCCCCGACAGCAUGGGGACCCGAGCUGCCCGUGGACCCGCAAAUGUUUGAGCAUUUGCCGGCAAACAGCAGCAAUAAGUUCAUCCCGGUACCUUUCGUCAUCGUCUCGGGCCAGUUGACAUGCCCAUCAAGACAGCUUCUGGGAGGCGACUUGGGCGUCCACUACCAGACAGAGGAGGAGGUCCUGGAGCCUGGCGAUUGCGAAGCUCGCUGCCGCGAGCAGGCGAAAUGCACUUUCUUCUGGCAUGGCUCGCAGCAUGGAGCUUCCACCUGCCGACUCUUUCACGGCUGCGACAACCUGGUUCGGGAGUUUGGCCUCGAAGGGGACCUCAAGGCCAUGCCCAGGGGCCUCAGCUGCGCCGUAGCAGACGCUGCGCAGUGCUGGGCCACGUCCCUGCGCAGGAACUUCUUGUCCAUGGCUUUCGAUCCAGACGGAGGCGCGGCCGACACUUCCGCGCCGGGCCUGGUCUUGCCGCCGAAGCCCGCAGACCCGCCCACACAGGGCAUGGUGGCUUGGUUCAAGAGCGAGAAUGCUGGUGAGGUUUGGUCCAGCUCUGUGGGAAAUUUCGAGGGGCGAAACACCGGGUACCAUGCAGAACGGAAAGUCGGAGCUGAGUUCGGUGCGGACCGUCCAGUUACGUACGUGCAAGGAACAACUUCAGGAGGUUACAAGUUCGGCAAAGUCUUGGCUCCGACCUUCACGAUUUGUUCAGUCACGAGCUACGCUGGAACUACACGAAAGCGCAUCCUGCAGACGGAGUCGGUGAACUGGUUGCAUGGUCACUACAACGGUUAUUCUGGCGUCGCCUUUUACCAGAAGUGGGUCACCGCCCAAAACACAAAUCCCAAUGCCAAUGAAUGGGUGGUGCUAUGUGGGACCAACGGCGCACAGCGAGUCUACAGUGGGAUGUCCGGCAGCAUUGUCAACGUUGCUACAGCUCAAGGAAGCGCAUUUUCAGAAUACACUGGCUUGAGCAUCAAUCAUGACGAGAACGACAAGUCAGACUUUGCCGUUAUGGAAGUCAUCACCUGGGAUAGGGUGUUGACAGACGAGGAAAUGAAGGCAAGCGUUCAGUAUUUGAUGUGGAAGCUAAGGGUAGGGGCCGUCCUGGAGGUGUCUGAGCACUUGGCCACACAAUACCAGAGCAGUUUCUACAAGCAGGGAAGCAGGAGAGUGGACGGUGAAACGGUGCACGCUGACUUAGCAAAUGGCUACCGGGCCGAAAUGUCAGGGUGGAAUGCCGUUCGAAACUACGCCUUGGGCUUCGUCAGGUGGCAGGCUGGCGUCGCAGUGGCAGUCGUCAAAGGUUUAACGCCAGGUGCACAGUACGUGUACCAAUUGUACAUGACCCACCGGGACACGAGCAUGGACACCUAUGGCAACGCUGUGUCGGUGCGUGUGCAGCAAGGACAGGAUGGCCGAGCCCAGCUGCGCGAAGACUCCAACCCAAGAUUCGCAGGAGUGGCGGUAGCGACACCUGCUGGCGAGAUCCGAUUUGAUUUUGAACCGAUCCACGUUGCUGUCCACCUCUCUGGUAUAUCCAUUGCAGCGGUGGGGCCAAGAAGUGACCCGCCGCAGCCGAGCGAUCCGCCAAGGUCUGGCAUGGUGGCUUGGUUCAAGAGCGAGAAUGCCGGUGGGGUUUGGUCCAGCUCCGUGGGAAAUUUCGAGGCACGAAACACGGAGGUCCUCUAUCGAAGAGUCCAAGCCGGCAAUGGAGCAGACCGCCCAGUGACGUAUAUUGAAGGGCCAGCAUCAUCAGGCAUCCGCUUCGGCGCAAUCCUUGCUCCGACCUUCACGAUCUGUUCAGUCACACGUUACACCGGCAACAAGCGCAAGCGAAUUCUCCAGACAGCAUCGCCGCUGAACUGGUUGCACGGCCACCAUGAUGGACAUUCUGGCGUCGCCUUUUACAAGAAGUGGGUCACCCCGUCAACCACCAACCCCAAUUCCUUCGACUGGGUGGUGCUAUGUGGGACCAACGGCGCUCAAAGAGUUUACAGCGGGAUGUCCGACAGGGUUGUCAAUGUUGCAACUGAUCAGGGAAGCACACUUUCAGAGUACACCCACUUGUACAUCAAUUCAUACGGCCAGUACACUAGCGAAUUUUCAGACUUCGCCAUCAUGGAACUGAUCACGUGGGACAGGGCGUUGACGGACGAGGAAAUGAGGGCAAGCACUGAGUACUUGAAGUGGAAGCUGAGGGUAGGUGCCGUCCUGGAGGUGACAGAACACCUUUCUACGCAGUACCAGAGCAAUUUCGCAGACUUGGGGGCCGAGGAGAAAAGCGUAAAUGGUGAAACAGUGAAAGCCGACUUGGCAAACGGCUACACCGCUGAGAUGUCAGGCUGGAGUGCCCUCCGAAACUAUGCCAGAGGCUUUGUCAGCUGGAGCAACCCUGCCACCGCCGUGGCCGUUGUUAAGGGCCUGAUACCAGGUGCACAACAUAUCUACUCGCUGUUCAUGGUGAGCACGGACAAAUCCGUAAGCUUCCAUGACGACGCCGUCAAAGUGUCGGUAAACGGAGGGCUAAGUGGCAGAGCCCGGCUGUGGGCUACCACCAGACCUAUCUUCCAGGGAGUGGCAACCGCCAACCCCAGGGGAGAGAUCAACUUUGAGUUCCAGCCCAUCCACGCUGGGAUCUACCUCUCCGGAAUCUCCAUUGCCAAGGUGGGCAGUCCCUCCGUGCUCCUGGAGGAAACCUCCACGAAGUCUGCAGCAGGUGCAAUGACGGACGGCUUCGUUCAUUUGCACCUUUACCGGCAGUGUGAUGCGGUGCUUCUUCUCGGUGGCAUGGGUGUCCAGCAGUGUGGGAGGCCUGGGCACAGAACGCUGCACUCGCAUUCCUGGCAACACAAGAGGCUUCUUCCGCAGGUCUUCGAUCACGGCGCACUACUGCUGGCUUCCUGCUGGAGUGAGAGGUACCAACUGCUGCGACAGGACUCCAAAUCUUCGGCUCCGGAACAACUGCGAUGCGUCAAUGGCAACUGGUACAACAGCUUGGGCAAGCCCGACCUGCGCGGCCUUGCGUGCGAAGCGUGCGUGCAGGUUGGCGCCGCUGGCUAUGCGGCAUACGACGAGCGGAAUGAGCAGGAGCUCUACUUCUUCAAUCGCAUGGGCUUGAGUGUCUACACCGAGCUGGGCAUGAUCCAGGAGCUCAGCAGCACCUCCGCACACAAGCAUUGCCUGGGGCCCUCUGCCGAUGGGAACAUGGUUGUGUCGGCAAGCACCGGCUGCCCUGCUAAGAUGCUGGCGCAGGUCACCGGAUAUGCAGGGCCAGAAGGAAGGCUCUUCAAGCUCAUCCCGGACGACAUGAGCUUCUCCGAGGAGGCCGACCAGUGCUUGAGCACCAAGGGCAACGUGUCGGGCCUGAAGCAUGUGACCUGCAAUCAGAAGGAUGAGCAGCAACAUCUUGCACCUGCUGAACUUCCGAAAGACAUGUGGUACCUCCACAUCGAGGCAGACGAGCGUGACCAGGAUCUGCACACACCCUAUUCGUCUUUCUGCGGCACCAGCGGCGCCUUGAGCACUUUCGACUUCGGCCAGCUCUUCGUAGGCGACUCGGCGAAAAGCAGCUGCAAGUUUGCCCCGCUCAUUCGGUGGGGCGACUUUCAGGACACGGGCAUCCAGCGGGACAAGUCUUCCAGCAACUGGCCCUCCUGGCAUCACCUCCUCGCCGACCACCCGGUAGAAUGUGCAGCUGGCGAGGCAUUGACUGCUUUCAAGCUGGAGCACAGCGUCUUUCGCUACGAGUGCAGCAAGAUAGGCGGCCUUGGCUCCUGCUUUGAUUACUACAGCGCCCAAGUGGAGAUCGGCAGCUUCGGCCAAGAGCGACAGCACUGGUCGCAGCCGCUUCGAAUGAUGCCGGUGGAUUGCGGACAAAACGCCGUUCUGGGCGGCUUCCAUUUCGAGUUCUCCGAGGGAGGCAAGUGGGGGCGAGUUCGCUACCAAUGUUGCAAAGCUGGUGGAGCACCCAUCACUUUCGACCCACGUGGGGCAGUACCCGAAUUGAUUAGCCGCUAUGAUGGCGUUUAUUGCCCCACAGGGCGUGGACCCACCGGGCGCUUGGAGUACGCCACCGCCUUAAGUCGUUCCUUGACCUUUGACGAGAUGACAGGCAAAUGGUGCGUGGACGCCGAAUGCUCCGCCAUUACGGACAGCAUCUCUCCCAUUGGCAUCACAGGCGCUGCUUUCGAUGUGGUGAAUGUCAGUGACUUCAACGGUGACUUCCUGGCGGCCCUUCCGAAGGAAGGGAGCAAGGCGUUGUCUUUGGCGGAGGCUCUGAAGCUGAAGCCUCCGAAGCGACCCCGGCCGCCCCCGAUGCCCGAGCUCCAAGAGUUCAAGGCCCAGCAGCCGACGUACGCUGCGGAGUGCCUCAACUACGAGAACUUGUGGAAAGGCAUCACGGAGACUUUCAAGGACGAGGAGGACAACGAUGUGCAGAAGACCUCGAGCUUGGAGGCAGAUCCUGCGACGGAGGACGCUGCAUUGGACUCCUACCACCCAUGCGAGGUGGCCAAGUCAGCUGGUGGUAUUUUCGGCCAAUGGGGCGGAGGCGACGGCUCCACUGCUCCGGAGAACAUGAUGUAUGCAGACUGGAACGACUGCAUGCAAGGAGACAUCGAGCGAGACCUGGCUUCUGCCAAGCUGGACUACCAUGCAGCACUGACAGACUUCAUUGCAGACGUCACCAAUGCGGGCAUGGGUAUGAUGUGCGCGCUCAUCCCGGACGUCACGAUCGCACCCAUGGGCGCCGGUCUGGCCUUAAACCCUGGGGACAUUUGCGGCGGCAUUGCGGACCUCUUAAGCGCCGCCUAUGACUUUGCAGGGCCGAUUAGUGGCUUCCACUUCGCCAAGCAGGGCUGGUCCAUCGAACAGGAAGGCUACGCCGCAUGCAAUCCCAUGCAGAUCGGCUUCGCACGGGCUUUUUGCGAUAUCCACUGCGUGCGAGACGCGGUGGUCAGAGGCGAUCGGUCCAUCAUCCGGAAUCUAGAGCUUGCCACCAAGAAGACAAACAGCAACAUGAAGGCCCUGGUAAAGUGGUCCACUGACGCUGCGCGGACCGAGACUGGCUGGCUUGGCGAGAAGCUGGAUUACAUGCACACUUUGAACAUGGCCAGCCUCCAAGAUAUCCGGCAACAGCUGGGUUUGACGCAGACAGGCCAGGCAAACGAUCUCCUGCAGAGCACCCAAGCAGCGACGGACACCUUGUUUGCCGAGCUCGCGGGCUACGCCCAGACCACCUCCUUCGACGAAGUCGCGAGGAUCACGGCCAGGGACGCUCUGGAGGACUUCCUGAAGGCACCGGACCUGCCGAGCUCGCCCAACUCCACGGAGGCUGCAGCACUACUGGGACAUCUGGAGGUGCUCCACCAGACGCUGCGCCGCGCGGGCCGUGGAGGAGCAGGGGACUCAAGGGACAAGAGCCAGAUGGUGGGCCACCAGAUGGCGCGGACGCUGCGGCAACUGCAGCGCCAAGCCAGCUUCCAGCUGCGGACCUUGGGUGUCUACCGACUGGAAAGCAACGCUUCUCGCCACGCUGCCCAGAGAUCCUGGGACCUGGUCCAAGAGCAUGAGGUGCUGAUGUCCUUGGACCACAUUUGGUGGCAGAUUCGGAAUAAGCUGGACGGCUACCUGGAGGUGGCGGAGGACGAGGUGAAAGCCUUCCAGGGCUCCCUCCUGGAGAUGCAGAACUACAUGGAGUGCAAGAAGGGCUUCGGCAGCCUCGCCGCCAGCUACACCCAGAGCAUGACCUCCUUGCGGCGCAGUCAUCGCCGCCUUCGUGCCACCUGGCGCCAAGGCUCCAACUUGAUCGGCGAGCUCGCAGCUGUCCUCGCCGAUUCCGAGGCCUUUGCCACCUGGGCCCAGAGCUGCCGCACGGAUCUCCUGGAGCAAACGUUGCAGCAACUGAGAUCUGCGAUCUUCGGAAUGGCUUUCCUGCUCCAUCGAUUCCGCGCAGCCAAAUUGCCAGACCCCGACACACAGGCGCUGAAGCAAGCUACGCAUCGUAUCCAGAAGGCCAAGCGAUGUCAGUCGUUCUGA